ACUCGCUCUCUCUCUUCACUUUGACAAAAUCGUAGUGCAAAAGAGCUGAGUUUUUAUUUCCGUUGGUGCCGCCACUGUUUUAUGCGCCUCCAUCCUCUUCCUCACCACCUAGGGUUAUCAAAGCGCCACAGAGGGGACUAAUCUCUGGGUUUCGUAGGGUUUUACGAGCUGGAUUCUCUCUCAUUUCUCCGGCGAAUCUCCACGCGCCGCUGGUUAAGCGGCUUCGUCGAUUAGUUUUCAAUUCCUGUUGUUUCUUUGGGCAGUUGGCACGGCUUCUAGCUCGCCUACCUUUUACCGAUCCAACGAGCGUCUUCAGAAACCCAAUGGUUUUCGUAAUCCAUUUGGAAGGGGGUAUGGUCGUACGAUUAGGGCAACGUUGAUUGGUUGUUUCGGGAUUGGUUUUGUGUGUUCGAGGGUUUUGGAUUUGGAUGGCAUUGGGGGAUUUGAUGGCCUCUCGGAUUUCUCAAUCUUCGCUGGCUGUGGUUUCGAAUCACUUGGAUGACUGUGCUUCUUCCAACCACGAGGAGGAUGGGGAUUUAGUUUCGCUGAGAAGGGAUUCGGAGACUGCGAGUAGUAGUUAUGGCAAUGCUGCCGUCAGUACUGCCACAACCAUGGUCUACUUGCCGCAGACUAUAGUGUUAUGUGAGCUUCGACACGAUGCAUUUGAGGCUUGCCUGCCUGCCGGUCCAUCUGAUAGCGGGUUGGUCUCUAAAUGGAGGCCUAAAGACCGAAUGAAGACAGGAUGUGUAGCUCUAGUUUUGUGUUUAAACAUUAGUGUUGAUCCACCAGAUGUAAUUAAGAUUUCUCCUUGUGCCAGAAUGGAGUGCUGGAUAGAUCCAUUUUCUAUGGCACCCCAAAAAGCACUUGAAACUAUUGGCAAAACAUUGAGUGUGCAGUAUGAGAGGUGGCAACCCAGGGCUCGUUAUAAGGUUCAGCUGGAUCCCACAGUGGAAGAGGUAAAGAAGCUUUGUAGUACAUGUCGCAAGUAUGCAAAAUCUGAAAGGGUUCUCUUUCAUUAUAACGGACAUGGUGUCCCAAAGCCAACUGCUAGUGGUGAAAUUUGGCUUUUCAACAAGAGUUAUACCCAAUAUAUCCCCUUACCUAUUAGUGACCUGGACUCGUGGUUGAAGACACCUUCGAUCUAUGUGUUUGACUGUUCUGCUGCUGGGAUGAUAGUCAAUGCCUUCACUGAGCUUCACGAUCCCUCUGGAUCAGCAAGGGAUUGCAUUUUGCUUGCAGCAUGUGAAUCACAUGAAACUCUUCCGCAAAGAGCUGAAUUUCCUGCAGAUGUUUUUACCUCUUGCCUUACAACACCCAUCAAGAUGGCCUUGAGAUGGUUUUGCAAACGUUCUUUACUUCGUGAAUCCCUUGAUGAUUCACUGAUAGAUAAAAUACCUGGUCGGCAAACUGAUCGGAAGACACUUCUUGGGGAAUUGAAUUGGAUUUUCACAGCUGUCACUGACACAAUUGCCUGGAAUGUUCUGCCGCAUGAUCUAUUUCAAAGGUUGUUCAGACAGGAUUUGUUAGUUGCCAGUCUAUUCAGAAAUUUUUUGCUUGCUGAGCGGAUUAUGCGGUCUGCAAACUGUUCACCAAUUUCACAUCCAAUGUUGCCUCCAACCCAUCAGCAUCAUAUGUGGGAUGCCUGGGACAUGGCUGCUGAGAUCUGUCUUUCUCAACUUCCAGCGUUGGUAGAAGAUCCUAAUUUGGAGUUUCAGCCAAGUCCAUUUUUCACCGAACAGUUGACGGCUUUUGAGGUAUGGCUUGAUCAUGGAUCCGAAAGUAAGAAACCUCCAGAACAGUUACCUAUUGUCCUUCAGGUUUUGCUCAGCCAAGGACAUCGAUUCAGGGCGCUGGUUCUUCUUGGUAGAUUCCUUGAUAUGGGACCUUGGGCUGUAGAUCUGGCCUUGUCCGUUGGAAUAUUUCCAUAUGUUCUAAAGCUUCUGCAGACAACAACACCUGAGCUGCGACAAAUUCUGGUUUUUAUUUGGACAAAGAUACUGGCCCUAGAUAAGUCUUGCCAGGUUGAUUUAGUAAAGGAUGGUGGCCAUACAUAUUUCAUCCGCUUUCUUGAUAGCUUGGAAGCUUAUCCAGAACAGCGUGCAAUGGCUGCUUUUGUUUUAGCUGUAAUUGUUGAUGGACACAGGCGAGGCCAGGAAGCAUGCAUUGAGGCAAAUUUAAUCCAUGUAUGCUUGAAGCAUCUUCAGAGUUCAACGCCAAAUGAUGGACAAACUGAGCCCCUAUUUCUUCAAUGGCUUUGUCUUUGUCUGGGAAAACUGUGGGAAGACUAUAUAGAUGCUCAAAUAAUAGGAUUGCAGGCUGAUGCCCCUGGUGUCUUUACUUCUUUAUUGGCUGAGCCGCAACCAGAGGUUAGGGCUUCAGCAAUUUUUGCACUGGGUACCCUACUUGAUGUAGGGAGUGACUCAUCUAGAGAUGGCGUUGGAGAUGAUGAUUGUGAUGAUGAUGAAAAGAUUAGGGCUGAAACCAGUAUUGUUGGAAGUCUUUUAAGUGUUGUUUCAGAUGGAAGUCCACUUGUUAGGGCAGAGGUUGCCGUUGCUCUUGCUCGCUUUGCCUUUGGCCACAACAAGCACCUUAAGUCAAUUGCUGCGGCAUAUUGGAAGCCCCAUUGUAAUUCUUUAUUAAGCUCUCUACCUUCUUUGGCUCAUAUUAGAAGUUCAGGCACUGCGUAUACUAAUUCAAAUCAACACAUGCCACAUGCAAGCAUUGUUUCCUCUCAAAUUGGUCCUUUGUUGAGAUUUGGAAAUGAAAACUCAACGUUAGGUAGAGAUGGAAGGGUCUCAACCAGUAGUCCUCUUGCUAACACCGGAAUGAUGCAUGGAUCUCCACUUUCAGAUGAUUCAUCUCAGCAUUCGGAUUCUGGAGUUUUGCAUGAAGAUGCAGUGAGUAAUGGAGCUGUUAAUCAUUCCAGGCCUAAACCUCUAAAUAAUGCGUUGUAUUCACAAUGUGUUUUGACAAUGUGUACUUUAGCCAAUGACCCAUCACCUCGCAUUGCAAGCCUUGGUAGGCGGGUCUUGUCUAUUAUUGGUAUUGAACAAGUUGUAACGAAACCCGUAAAGUCCAGUAGUAGUGGCCUUAAGCCCACUGAUGUUACAGCAGCAUCUCAGCCUUCUACUUUUGCUGGACUAGCUCGUUCAUCUUCAUGGUUUGAUAUGAAUGCAGGUCAUUUGCCCUUAACUUUCCGAACUCCUCCAGUCAGUCCUCCCAGACCAAGUUACUUGACUGGCAUGCGAAGAGUUUGCUCAUUAGAGUUCAGGCCUCAGAUUAUGAAUUCUCCUGACUCUGGGUUGGCUGAUCCACUGUGGGGUUCAGGUGGAACUCCAGGAACAUCCGAGCGCAGUUUUCUUCCACAAUCAACCAUCUAUAAUUGGAGCUGUGGGCAUUUCUCAAAGCCACUUCUCACUGCUGGUGAUGAUGGUGAAGAAAUUUUUACUAGAAGAGAGGAGAGAGAGAAAUUUGCACUGGAACGUAUAGCCAAAUGCCAGCAUUCUCCUGUAAGUAAGCUGAACAACAACCCAAUUGCUAGCUGGGACACAAAGUUUGAAAUGGGUACAAAAACAAUAUUGCUGCAACCAUUCUCUCCCAUCGUUGUCGCUGCUGAUGAGAAUGAGCGAAUUAGGGUCUGGAAUUAUGAGGAACCGGCUCUUCUGAACAGUUUUGAUAACCAUGAUUUUCCUGACAAAGGAAUUUCAAAACUGUGUCUCGUGAAUGAGCUUGAUGAUAGCUUGCUUUUGGCUGCUUCAAGCGAUGGAAGUAUUCGAAUUUGGAAAGAUUACACUCUGAAGGGCAAACAGAAGCUUGUAACUGCAUUCUCUGCAAUCCAAGGGCACAAACCUGGGGUUCGUAGUAUAAAUGCUGUUGUGGACUGGCAACAACAGUCUGGAUAUCUGUAUGCAUCCGGUGAGAUCUCAUCUAUUAUGCUUUGGGACCUAGAUAAGGAGCAACUUGUUAAACCUAUUCCUUCAUCAUCAGAUUGCAGCAUCUCAGCAUUGUCUGCUUCUCAAGUUCAUGGGGGUCAGCUUGCAGCUGGUUUCCUAGAUGGUUCUGUUAAACUUUAUGAUGUUCGCACUCCUGAAAUGCUUGUUUGCACGAUGCGCCCACAUGUGCAAAAAGUAGAAAAGGUAGUCGGGAUUGGCUUUCAGCCUGGACUCGAUUCAUCAAAGAUUGUUAGUGCCUCUCAGGCUGGUGAUAUUCAGUUUCUGGAUAUUAGAAAUCACCGGGAUAGAUAUCUGACGAUCGAUGCUCAUCGAGGUUCACUUACGGCAUUAGCUGUUCAUAGGCAUGCUCCUAUCUUAGCUAGUGGUUCAGCUAAACAGCUUAUUAAAGUCUUCAGCCUAGAUGGCGAUCAACUGGGCACUAUUAGAUACCAUCCUACCUUCAUGCCCCAGAAGAUUGGUUCUGUAAGCUGCCUCACCUUUCACCCGUACGAGGUGCUGCUCGCUGCUGGUGCUGCGGAUGCUUGUGUGUCCAUAUAUGCAGAUGACAACUCUCAAGGAAGAUGAGAUUGAUUUCCCCCGAGUGCCAAGUUGGACAUUGAAGUGGCAUAUGCACAUCAAACUUUCAUCAUGGGUCGUCUAUGCAGUUCUCAUAUUGCUUGUUAUCGCAAGCACGAUUCGACUACAAGUUGAGCUGCCCCCAUUCUUUGCUUUUAGCGUGUGGAAACGUCUCUCCAUCAUCAACAGUGUAAGCUAUAAAUUUAUUGGCCUCUGGUGUACAGGUUCACAGCUGAUCAGGAAGAAAAAUCGGUCGUAUUUAUUGGGGCUUUGGAAAAUAAAAUUCUGUUGUAUAGUUUAGAUGGGUGUAAAUAUUUCCAUUGUUCAUCCUCUCUUUCUGGUGUGUUCAUCGUUCAAUUUGUAAAAGGCUGUCAAAACUUCUUUUUUCUUUUUCUUUUUUUAAUCGGUUUCUUCGUCAUCUUAGCAUAUUGUAUAUGGACGGAGCGAUCAUCUCCUGAAAUUCUGGAGGUUCUCGAUUCGUCCAUAUUCGAUCAGUGUUGAAUUAUUGGUUUCACUUUGCACCUGCUGCAUUAACCAUUAUGUAACUUGUAAUUAUGUCGCAUAGUUUGACCUGAUUUUCUUGUUGAUUUUGUGAAUAUAUAAUGCUUGAUUUUAUGCUA